UGAUUUUUCCACAUAUUACCACGGCUAUCAGAUGGCACCAAGCGUUUGUCAAAACUCACCGAAACUACCGCCGCACUCUACUACAAAAACAACAUCGGUUACUCAGAAAAGUAAUUGUGGUACCAAUAGUAUAAAUGGUUCGAUGGCUUCAUAUAAAAUGACGAGUUCCGAAAAUAGUUGGUCCCAGGCUUUACAUAGUAAGGAAAACCAGCGGCCGCCUGUUUACAAUCCAGAGGAUUAUGUGCAAUCAUUAAAAAAAUUUGGCAAAAGACAAAGCGGUAAAAACCCACGAUCCAUAUAUGACACUCACGACACUAAAAAUGCGAAUAGUGCAAAUAAUACAGAUGACGCUUAUAGGUCAUCCACAUUACCCAAUAAACACUCAGAGUACAAAAGUCCCAUACCAACCCCACCCGAAAGUGACAGUGAAAUGUCUUUAAGACAAUUCAGUUCAGUUACAGAUUUAUUAACAAAAUUACGCGCUGAUUUAAGAGUUUCAUUUCCAAG